AUGGAUGUCGUAUUGAACCAUUCAAAGUUGGCCGACAAAGGAUCUGAUCAACCAAAGUUUACUGUAUUCCCCCAGUUACCCACGGAACUUCAACUUCUUAUCUGCAAAAAUGCAGUCACGCGUCCCGAGCCGAUAGAUCUGAGCAAAAGAAUAAACCACAGGCUUCCCGACAUCAUUCGAAUAUCAAAGCUCUUCCAUACCGAAGGAAGCAGAUUGUACUAUGGAGAAAACACUUUCCUCAUCCCACUGCCCAGCCGCCUCGCUCGGGAGGAGAACAUUUUCCUGGACCAUUGGCUAUGUGACAGCUCAACGAGUGAGACUGUCGCCAAGAUGGGUCGGAUAAACGUACAGAUAUCGCUUCCGCCGGAUAGAGCAAGUCUUGCAAAUUUGUUACUACUGGCAGUACACUUCAGUAAAGUCUCAAGCAUAGAGGCCAGGAAGACUGUCGUGUUACAACCUGUCAUCACUCUUCCGCGCAGACACAACUUGGUUGUUCCUCUGCCAGCAGUCACCACUGAGCUCCAAGAUCAGAUAUCGAACGCUUUCUGGCGCAUAUUUGACACGAGCAUCCAUGAGCUGGCAACCGGCACUUACAAGAUUGUGUGGGCGGAUGAGGAAGAGAUGGAACUGAAUGCUGGUGUGCCACUACUCGAGAGAGCUGUUGCUUUGGGUAGAAUCUGUGAAGAGUUGUGGUCCGCCAUCAUGACCGUCUGGAACUCUGGUCAAAAUGUGCGCUGA